AUGCUCGACAUUCGCUGGAUAAGGGAUAAUCCCGAAGCACUCGAUGCGGCGCUGAAAAAGCGCGGCGCGGAGCCCGAAUCCGCGUCGCUGAUCAAGCUGGACGAGGAGCGCCGGGCGCAUAUCGCGCGCGUCCAGGAGGCGCAGGCCCGCCGCAACGCGGCAUCGAAGGAAAUCGGCGCGGCGAUGGGCGCCGGCGAGACCGAAAAGGCCGAACUGCUGAAGGCCGAGGUCGGCGAGCUCAAGGCAUUUCUCGCCGCCGCCGAGGAUGUCGAGCGCGAACUGGAUGCCAGGCUGCGCGACGCGCUGGCGCGCAUCCCCAACGUGCCGCUCGACGACGUGCCGGUUGGUGAAGACGAAGAGGCCAAUGUCGAGCUGCGCCAGACCGGCGAGAAACGCCAGUUCAACUUCCAGCCCAAGGAGCAUUUCGAGCUGGGCGAGGCGCUCGGCCAGAUGGAUUUCGAGACGGCGGCCAAGAUGUCCGGUGCGCGCUUCACGCUGCUCAAUGGCGGGCUCGCGCGGCUCGAACGGGCGCUCGGCCAGUUCAUGCUUGACCUGCACACGACCGAGCAUGGUUACAUCGAGGUGAACCCACCGCUUCUGGUCCGCGACGACGCCAUGUUCGGCACGGGGCAGUUGCCGAAAUUUGAAGAAGAUUUGUUUCCAACUGCGCGAAGCCUUACUGAGAAGGAACGUGUUUCCAAGGCAGUUUUCGAAGCGCUAGAAAGUGUGCAGAACGAAAAGGACCGAGUAGGAGAAAAGGACUUUGUUGUUCCGGUCCAUGAUCGUAUUAACGCUUUGCUGGAAAACGAGUUUCUGAUCCCAAGACAUGAACGCCUUUGGCUCAUCCCCACCGCAGAGGUGCCGCUGACCAACAUCGUCCGCGAAACGAUCAUCGAUCACGACUAUCUGCCGCGGCGCUACACGGCGCUGACGCCGUGCUUCCGCUCCGAGGCGGGGUCUGCCGGCCGCGACACGCGCGGCUAUCUGCGCCAGCACCAGUUCUACAAGGUCGAACUGGUUUCGGUGACCGAUGCGGACUCGUCGCUCGACGAACUCGAGCGCAUGACGAAAUGCGCCGAGACGGUGCUCGAGCGGCUCGGUCUUCAUUUCCGGACCAUGGUCCUGUCGACCGGCGAUAUGGGCUUUGGCGCGCGCAAGACCCAUGACAUCGAGGUCUGGCUGCCGGGGCAGGGCGCCUAUCGCGAGAUCUCGUCCUGCUCGGUCUGCGGCGACUUCCAGGCGCGCCGUAUGAAUGCCCGCUAUCGCGUCGAGGCCCGCCCCGGACAACGAUCCGGGGGCGAAAAGCAGACGCGCUUCGUCCAUACGCUCAACGGCUCGGGCGUCGCCAUGGGCCGGGCGCUGAUCGCGGUGAUGGAAACCUACCAGCAGGAAGACGGUUCGAUCGCCGUGCCCGACGCGCUCAAGCCCUAUAUGGGCGCCAUCGAUGUGAUCACCGCCUGA